AAUUAAUCUUCAUUGAGUUGCAAACUCAGGAACAGCUUUUGCUAAAAUUUGCUGAAUUAGUCAGAAAUUAUGAACCAGAAUUUGAAAUUGGUUACAAUACAGGCCAAUUCGAUUGGAAUUUUGUACUUAAAAAAGCUAGACUAUUAAAUAUAGAUGAUGAAUUUAUCAGACUCUUAACUAAAACUAAAACAACUCUUCAGUUUAAUAUACAACAAAUGACAGUACGAGUUGUUGAUCGUGACAUUGAUAAAGAUAAUUUGAAAUAUGAAUUUGCUGGAAUCAAUAUGAACAAUCGAAAGAUCAAAAUAUCUCCAAAUGAGUCUAUAAAAUGUGAAUUCAUGUGA